UUUACUAAGCGCGUGACGUCGACGAAACAUUUUUUUCACCAAAAACAUACCCGGAAACCUUGAACUAUCUAUUAACUGAUUAUAUGAAUCAAAGAAGAGUAGCUCCGGGUACAGUGCUUCUUUGUGUAUAAGCUCAAGCAAGGCUAAGACGCUAAAAACGGCAGUUUGAGCGAUGGGCGCGUCCAAGUAACAACGAAACACCUGAAAGUUUUAUGAAGAACUCUACGGGUACACAAACUACGCUAUGGAGACCCCAACUCCAUCGGCAGCCACGGGGGACUGCCUCACCGACUUCUUCCAACAACUGGACUCACUCACACCCGGUAUGGACUCUGACUUCGAUGAGAGUCUUGCUGUACCGGAGUCCUUAUCCGUGAUUGAUGCUGAUAAGAUUGACAGCAGAGAGAUUGAAACUGUAACUCAUGCAACUCUGCCCUUCAAAGCAAUCCAAGAGCCCCCAGUCAAAUUCAAUUCGGUACACAGAAGAGUGUUCAUUCCUGGAGUAGAAAUUAAGGUGAAAUUCACUGAAAAUGAAAGGAGUGUCACCACGCACCUGCUUAAUCCUAAUUUGUACACAAUCAGUCUUCAGCAUGGCGACUUCACAUGGACAAUCAAGAGACGCUACAAACACAUCCUGUACCUGCAUCAACAGCUGACGUUAUACCGCGCGUCGCUGGAUAUCCCCUUCCCCACCAAAACCCACAAGACCCGACGAGCAAGCCUGAAGAAUACUGAAGAAAAAGCUGAGAAAGUCGCCUUGCAAGCAGUAGGAAGGAAUAACUCGAAAAGGAAAGAAGGUCGACCGAGGAAAAGAAAGGGUGCUUUGCCAAGGUUUCCGAGGAAACCCGAGGUGAUGGUGACGUAUGAUGGUAUCCAGCUGAGGAUGAAGCAACUCGAGGAGUAUUUGUUCAAUCUACUCAAUAUCUCCAUCUACAGAAACCAUCAUGAGACGGUAAAAUUUCUAGAAGUGUCGAAUGUCUCGUUCAUAUCGGACUUGGGCACGAAAGGCAAAGAGGGUAUGGUAGAGAAACGCACGGGAUCAACCCAGCCGGGGCAGGCAGGGUGCAACUGUUUCGGAUUGCUUGGCAAUAUGGUUUGUGUUCGAUGCAACUACUUCUGCACAGGGCUAGUAUGCGCAAAGUGGCAGGAACGAUGGUUCUUCGUCAAAGACACUUACUUUGGCUACAUCAGGCCGAGGGACGGUAUUAUAAAAGGGAUCAUGCUUUUUGAUCAGGGGUUCGAGGUAUCAAGCGGGAUGUACUCGACGGGACUGAACCACGGGCUACAAAUCCUGAACCAAAGCAGACAGAUGGUAAUCAAAUGCUGGACCAAACGCAAGAGUAAGGAGUGGAUGCAGUACCUCAAAUCUGUAGCCAAUCAGACCGGUCGAGACUUCACCUUCCCAAACGUGCACCACUCGUUCGUCCCUCCGCGGCCAGCUACCCCAGUAGGCAUGCUAGUCGACGGAUCAGCAUACCUCACCGCAGUUGGGGACGCCAUGGAGUUGGCUCAAGAAGAGAUCUUCAUAGCUGACUGGUGGUUGAGUCCAGAAAUCUACUUGAAGCGCCCCGCCUUGCACGGGAACUAUUGGCGACUUGAUGUCCUUCUUAAGAGGAAGGCUGCGCAAGGGGUGAAGAUAUUCAUCAUGCUGUAUAAAGAAGUAGAGAUGGCACUCGGUAUCAACAGCUUCUACAGCAAAAGCAGAUUAGCAAGCGAGAAUAUUAAGGUUUUCCGUCAUCCAAACCACGCGCGAGCCGGUGUGCUGUUCUGGGCACACCACGAGAAGAUCGUCUGCGUCGACCAGACUGUCGCCUUCGUCGGCGGCAUCGACCUGUGCUAUGGUCGCUGGGACGAUUAUAAACACAGGUUGACAGACCUGGGCAAUAUAUCUCAGCCGAAAACGUCGAUCAAGACCAAGAAGAAGACAUCUAGUUCGCCUGGCGGUGGGGGCCUUUAUAUACCUAAUGCAAAUGGCUUAGAAGCCGCGCUGGAACUGGCGAAGAGCUCCAGGGAUAUCGUUAUUGGGUUGAAUGACGCCACAGUUACGGAACCAGACGACACUUCAGACGAGAGUCAAGAAGAAAAAGUUCCGGAUACGCCCCAAGCAAACCUACCAGUAUUAGAGCCAGGAGACCAACUCCUCAUAGCCUCCAACCCACAAGACCCGCUUAGAUCCGACCAAGAUCCACAGAAACGGAAUGUCCUAAACAAGAUCACAACUAGGGGCAAAGACAUCAUCAGUAUUAUCUACCCACCUUACGAAGAAGAACGAAACGAACAGAAGUUCGACGAUUCUGAAAGGAAAAAGGCUGAGAAAUACGCUUUGUCGACGGACCAAGUUUUACUCACUGAUGCUUUGGGUAUCAAACCUGAGAACGUCAGCAGAAUUGUAAGUCAGCCCACUCCGUUGGCUCAGGUGGUCGAAGGGAGAGUGAUCACGGAAACUACUAAAGAAGCGCUGGAGGGCCUAGAAGGAAACUCAAAGAUAUGGAUAGGCAAAGAUUACUGUAAUUUUAUUGUGAAAGACUUUAAUAACUUAGAUCUGCCAUUUGUAGACUUAGUAGACCGGAAUACAACACCACGCAUGCCCUGGCACGAUAUCGGCUGCGUCAUACAAGGAGCCGCGGCGCGAGAUGUAGCCAGGCAUUUCAUACAGCGGUGGAAUGCUAUCAAACUCGAGAAAGCCAGACAAAACGUAAGCUACCCGUACCUGUUACCGAAGACGUACAAUGACAUCAAACCGCUGCAGGAUCUGGAUCGAUAUCUCGAUGUGGAUCUGAACAACGCAUCGUGUCAGGUCCUUCGCAGCGUAUCGAGCUGGUCCUGCGGCUUCCUGGACCCCGACACGGUGGAGCAGAGCAUACACGAGGCCUACGUGGACACCAUCACGAGGGCCCAGCACUACAUCUACAUCGAGAACCAGUUCUUCAUCACCUUGUCGCGGUCUAACCUCCAUGUGCGGAAUCAGAUAGGCGAAGCACUAUACAACAGGAUAAUGCGUGCGCACCGUGCUAAGGAGACGUUCAGGGUGUAUGUAGUGAUGCCUCUGCUGCCGGGGUUUGAAGGCGAGGUCGGUGCGCCUUCGGGAACUUCACUGCAUGCGGUCACUCACUGGAAUUAUCAGAGUAUAUGCAGGAGUCGCGAAGCCAUCAUAACUCGCCUCUACGAAGCAGGCAUAGCGGACCCCUCGGAAUACAUCACGUUCCAUGGACUUCGAACCCACUCCGUUCUCGAAGGGGAACCGAUAACUGAGCUCAUAUACGUCCACUCCAAGCUGCUGAUUGUCGAUGAUAAAACCGUCAUUUGUGGAAGCGCAAAUAUUAAUGACAGAUCCUUAAUCGGGAAGAGGGACUCUGAAAUUGCUGUGCUAUUGCAGGACGAGAAAUUCGACGAAGGCACGAUGAACGGUCAGGCGUUCCCCUGCGGGCGCGUAGCGGGAUCACUGCGCAAGAGACUGUUUAGAGAACAUCUGGGACUUAUGGACGAAGAUCUGAAUAGACUGGGCAUCAGUAUCGACGACCCUUGCAGCGACCAGGUCUUCAAGACUCUCUGGCAGGCCACGUCAAGGAAGAAUACUGAGAUGUAUGAGGAGGUCUUCCACACAAUCCCAACGAACGCGGUACACUCAUUCGCAGAACUAAAGAAGUACCAAGAGGAACACCCAGAAACAUUAUGGCACAAGGACCCGGCUCUAGCCAACAGGAAAAUAGACCUUAUACAAGGCUACAUAGUCGAUUUGCCUCUAGAUUUCCUGUGCAAUGAAGUUUUAACGCCUAGGAACACUAGUAUGGAAGGUAUGAUGCCUACAGCUCUAUGGACUUGAUGAGUGAACUUUCAUAGUCAUUCCGGUAAAAAGAGGAUACAGUCUUCUUAGUGUUGCCAUUUCGAAACUUGAAAAUAUUUAACGAAAUGCCGGUCAUUUUUGUUACAAUCUGUGGUAGAUACCAUACUGUAUUUUUUUAGUAUUUAUUUUAUUUAAUUCAUAAAUAUGUAGAUUAUUCACUUGACAGUAAUUAUCAUCGAAAAUUCGUAAUAAAUACCACCUCUAGUCCAUAAGAAGUAUGUCACACUACACUUAGUGAAUGUAUACAAUAACUGCAACGAGUUACUAUGUAGGAGGCUAGUGAUAAAUUGUUGGCAACAUCCAACAAAUUAUAUUUUUUUACUUUUUUUUUUAAUGUGUAAAAUGGCAAUUCCCUCUUCUUCUACGAUCAACUGCAAGAAAAGUAUAUUUUUUUCUGUGCCUAAUUAAUAAUUAUAACGUGGUCAACUUGAAGUUGCUGUAUUCUUUACCAUCAUCUACUCUUCACACCAGGCAGAGCACAUGAACAUCUGUGUGCGACAUAAAUCUUACCGGGUUGAGACUUACAUUACAGUGAUACCUUACCGGGCCGGGCCCUGGCUACGGGAAUUGGCUACUUGACAGUUUUUGGAUAAAUAUUUUUAAAAAAUACAAACGCUUAUUUUAUGCCCCUUAAAAUAUUUUUUUUAUUUUCCCGAAAAAUCUUUAUAUCAUAUAAAGAACAUUCUUCAUUAAUAUCAAGUUUCGCGCGAAUACGGUUGGUCACGUGACAUUUUGCCCAGUGACGUCACAUUUCAAUAAGCAAAGAAACUGUCAAACAGUAUAACUUGAAACCUGACAGAUAGUUUUUGUUUAUUUUGUGAAAUGUGACGUCACACAAAGCUCAAUCAUGGCUGCCCGUGUUUCGGGUCUUGUAAUACAUAGAUGAAAAAUCGCAUUCUUAUUUUGUAAAAAUAAAAUAUUUCAAAAUUAUUUUAAUAAAAAGAAACUAUUGGAUAAUUAUUGUUGAAUAAUAAACUACCAUAUCCGUCAAAUUUAAUAUUUUAUUGUUACAACUGUCAAGUAGACAAUUUGUCUUCAUACCUCGCCCUGAGCGAAGUUCAAGGUCUGUUGUCUUAAAUUUUGUACCGGGUGAGAGCCCUCAGCUGUCCUUAUUUGUCCGGCCAGUUAAUUCCAUCUGCGGCAAAUCUACAAUAAGUCGGCAACUUCGAACUUUUACUUCCAAAACUUUCUUUUAAUUUGCCAAGAUCACAAAGUAUUAAUGUAAAAAAACUAAUCUAUAGGUCCUAAUUAUGUAAAGCGUAAUAAGUAUGUAAUUAUAGUAAAUUAAGUAUUGUUCCGUACAACGAUAUACUUAACAUAUCUCGUAUAAGUGUAAAUCUUGAUAAUCUAAGCAUAAUGGCACUAAAAUGUUCACUUGAGGUAUGACUAUUAAUGUCAAAAAUUAUUUAUUUCUGAAAACUGGUAAAAUCAUUUUAAUAUUUUUAUAAAUAGACUCGAUAGUGAUAUAGCAUAAACGUCUAUUUCAAAACUCGAAUAUAAAAAAAAUCUAUUAGUAGACAAAAGCAACUACACUUUCUUGACUGUCUCUUUUCUUCACAUGUUAACUGCAUAUUCAAGUUUUUACUAUCGCAACUUUUCAUUUAUAUAACUUCAUUAGUUUGUACUGCUAUUGGUUUUAAGUAGAAGUGCAGUGCACUCUUCGAAAUUGACAAUUUCUUAAGGCCGUAUUAUGUUACGCUAUUGAUCAGGUUCUUGGCACAUUCGGCGGGGACAUUCGGGUGAAUGGAUUUAAUAUACGCGACGCAUCGUGCGUGCCCGAUGAAUUGCGUAAUGUAAUAAAUAAGACUGUCUGUCUCUGCCAUUUUCUGUCACCAUUUAUGUCUAGCACCUCUAUGGCCAAGACUUUUACUUUUUAUCCCUUUUGUUGUUUCUAUUUUUAGCGACUGCCAUGUUAUAGUAGACUCUCUACCUAAUAUGUACUAAUACGUAUGUAGGUUUACUACUUCAAGAUGACAAGGUAUUUUUUCUUUAAUUCAAAGCGGUUUCUAAUCAUUCCAUACCCAAAGCACCGAAUUAUUAUUUAGAGUUACAUGUUAUUCAACUGCCAUCUGCAUUUAACCAAUUUAAAUAAAUUAAAGUAUGACCUGUGAAAAUUGGUAUUAGUCUACUUAUUUUAAUAUUUAUUUAUUUAUUUAUUUAUUUAUUUAUUUAUUUUAUUUAUUUAUUUACACAGACCUAAAUAUUAUUAUUACAGGCAUAACUCCCAAUACAAUAACAUUUAAAUGUCAAUAAACAAAAAAUAAAAACAAAAAAUAUGUAAGUAAUAACAAUAAAAAUAUGAUGUCACAAAAUCUUGGUGUGGUUUUGUUGGCCAGGUAAAAUAAACUAAGUAUAAAUAAUCUUUACAUAUUUUUUAAAUUUUAAUAGUUGAAUAAGUCAAUUCCGUGCCCAAUAUAAUAAUAUAUCUGUGACUAGCCAUUUUAAGGUGCUGAUUUUUCUACUUAUAUUUGUUUCUAGUGCAAAUUAGUACCUAUUAUAGUUAUAAUUUUUAACAAUCAGUAAUUUAAAAUGUAAUUUUAAUAAUUAAUAUAUUUUUGUAAAAAAAUGAUUUAUUUUUUAUUAUCGUAAGCUAGGUAACUGAAUGUUGUAGAAUAAGUCAAGUUUAUUAUAACAAGCUUUACUAUGAUAAUCUUAAUUGUUAUUAUAUUUAUUAAAUGAAUUAUAUGUAAUUUAAAUACUGAUUUCGAAUCAAUGUUUUAUAUUUGUACUAUAUUUGUGCCGUUUUCAAUGUUUGUGAAGUGUUAAGAAAAUAAAUCAAUAUUUUUAUAUAGUAAAUUAUGUAUAUUCAUUUGACUCCAUGUCCUACAUACAUAGAUACAUAGAUUGGGAAUAUUAUUAUUCGCUAUGACUUUAGGUGACGAGAUAGAUAGAUAGAUAGAUAUAGCCUUUAUUAUGAACUUAUUGUAACAAUUUUUAGCUUAUACUUAAUAUUAAAAAAAAAAUGU